CAAAAAAUUAAGAGGCUUUUCGAAGCAGCAAUCCUCAAGAUGCUAAUUGAAAUGGCUCUUAAAUAAUAUCAAUGCAAAAUCCAGAAAAUCCCGAUUCGAUUCAACAACCUAACUUCAAUUAGGAAUGUCCCUACAAUUCAGUACAACUUCACACAAUCACAUUCAACAAUGUCUGGGAUUACUUGGUGCACCUGUAGAAAUGUCAUUUACUAAAUCAGAGAUCCGAAAUCAGAUAAUCCUCAUAAUACUACAUGUGUCAUCGCUGUCUCAAAGUCUUUGAGGAACUCCAGCAAUUAUUGGAUCACAAAGACACCGAACAUAUAAUGAACUUUGAGAUGGUUUUCGAUAAAAAGCCAGAGCAAUGGAUAAAUUUGUCCAAAAAAGGAAGAUGGGAAAUCAUCAAACUUAUUGAAAACUACAAAGACCAUUACCUGAAUAAGAAGGACCACCAACCUGAGAGCAUAUUUCCUCUGCACAAAACUGAUCCUAGGUUGAACAUCCCAAGAGACACCGUUGCCAAAAUCAGGAAUUUGCAAAUUGAGAAAAAGGAGAAAUUGUAAUUGUACUUGUUGCAAUCCAAAGUGUUGGAGUCUGCUUAUCACAAAUUGUUUAAUCAUUACAAAGAUCUCUCAAUGAUCAAUAAAGAAUUCCUUUCAUCAAUUAAUGGUUAAACACAAUAUCAAAUUGAGUAAGUAUGCGAGUUUAUGGAAACUGCUCUCACCAAUCCAGAGGAUCAUAUCAUGUAUAUGAAUAGAAGAUAAAUCAAUAAGUUCUUUUACCUUUGGAUUUUGAUUCAUGAGGAUGUGAAUCCCUUUCCAGGUGUUCAAUUUCAAGAACCUUGGGUGAUACUGGCCAUCCCAACAUCAUCUGAGCAAUUGUUGAAUCUCCCCACAAAAAAGCCUACGGAUAAUAUAUAAUUAUUAGAAUUACAAAAGUUAUUGAAUGAAUAAUUGGAAAUUGCAAAAUCUAUUGAACAGGAGAAGUCCAAAUUCGAUUAGAAGAAAAUUGAGGAAAGCAAAGUGUUGGAAUAAAAGAUCUAAAAACUUGAAAACCUGGAAACCCAAUUAAGAAUACAAUUGACUACGUAAAAUAAGUAAUUAAAUGAUUUCGAAUCAGUUAAGUAAUAAUUAAAAGAACAAUCUAUAAUCGAUCUUCAAGAUCGUAGCACUAAACUCGACCAUUAUUAUCAAGUCUAAAGAACCAAAAUCUAAAGUGAUAUGACAAAUCAAUCUGAACUAUUCAAAUUAGCUGAUUCAUUUGCGAAAGAGAAACUAAAACUACUGUAACGAGUUGAGAUCUACACCGAGAAAAGAAACAAGGUUCAUUACGAAACCCAGGAUCUCAAGGCUUAAAUCACAAAUUUGGGGGAGAAACUGCGACAGGAUGAAUAGGACAAACUGAAAAGCAAGACUAGAAGAAGACAGAGGAUUAUUCAGGAGUUAUGUAUCAAGUGUUAGAAGAACACGAGGGAAGUUAUCCAUUUUCCGUGUUAACAUUUCCUAUUUUGCAUUUAAUGUAUCAUUUAAGGGAUGGUUGAAAAAAGACAGCAAUGUCCUUUGGUGGCAAUUGGCUAAUGCAGAGAUUAGAGAUAUCUGGAUAAGAAGUUCAAGACUGUCAGAUUCAGCAAAAAUGAUUGA